AGGACACUCCACCUACCACAUGUGCCAUGUCCAAGGAAAUGCAGUUUUCCAUAGGAAGUGGGCCAUCACUGUGGGUAACAGUUCCACCUAUCGUGCGAAGGCAAGAAUGUUUUUGAGGUCAAGACUAGGGACGUCAUGCCCCUCCCACUCCCCAGUUCAUUCUUGCCUUCGUACGAACAAGAUUGGAAUUUCACGUAGCAUUUAGCUAAGUCUAUCUCUCUUUAAAACCUUUUUUCCUUUUUUCCGUUUUUUGUGUCUAGCCUACUGAGGAUCCCCUCAGAGACCGCGGCUGCGGCUCUCUUCCCCCUUUCCUCAAGGCUAUUUAAUUUCUUUUAUUUCCUUGACUGGGGGCUCCCUCUGAGACCGCGGCUGCGGCUCUCUUUGUUUUGGCACUUUCAAGCCCCCUCCCCCCCCCCGGCUCUGCCGUAUCCGUAGCCAGGGGGCUCCCUCAGUGACCGCGGCUGCGGUUCUCUUUUUGAUCGCUUUUGAUCGCUUGUGAGGGAAGGAGAAUCCCCCUCCCUCCCCCCCCCGAUCGUUACCACGGCUGCGACUGAUCCGAUCUCUUGAUCACUUGUGAGGGAAGGGGAAUCCACCCUCCUUCCCCCCCCGAUCGUUGCCGCGGCUGCGGCUGAUCCGAUCUCAGCGGGAGCUUGCAGCUGCGGCUCCCGCUCUUACUCCUUACCGCAGAUCGCCCUCGCUACGUGGCUUAAAUCCCACUGCGAAGGGCUUUACAGACCGCUAUUGCGGCUCUCUCUGCGGCGGCUGCCGUUUUUUGCCUCUACCUGCCCUUCCAGAGUUUUUCCAGAGCCGCUACUGCGGCUUUCGGCGAGUCCGUGCUGGGCAGCCCUUCUCCCAGUUCGCUUCCGACGGCCGCCAUUGCUCCUUCUUCCUCAGCUCCCUUUUGAUCGUUUUUUUUCCCGCCCGUUUUUCUGGGCGCCAUUUUUUGAAAUUCAAAAUUCCCGCCUUUUUCGUUACCAUUUUUUAAGCAUCGGAUACCUCCCCUGCAGGCUAUCUAUCUGUAUGUUUGUGUAUAUGUGCUGCUGACAAAUUUACACAAGGCUGAUUUACACACAUUUUUACUGUGGCUGUAAUCAUAGUGGCUGAAUUGUAUUAUUAAGGCUGGAGCUCCAAUCCUAGUGGGCUGGAUUGUAUUAUCAAGGCUGGAGCUUUAAUCCUAGUGGCUGGAUUACAUUAUCAAGGCUGGAGUUUUAAUCCUAGUGGCUGGAUUACAUUAUCAAGGCUGGAGCUUUAAUCCUAGUGGCUGGAUUACAUUAUCAAGGCUGGAGCUUUAAUAUCAGUGGCUGACUUGUACUAAAUCUGAUUUACAUUACAUAUCCUGCCCCCUAUGGGGCCGUGAACAAGCCAAAAACCCAGCCUACAGCACUAAUCUGAGUGUGCCAACUCUAAAACAGCCUAUAUUAUAUUAACGUUGAUACCUCUGUGCAUUCUGCCCCCUCUGUGGCAGUGCAUUCGCCAUCUGCCAGUGUAUCCUACCCCCUCCGUGGUAGUACGCUGUGCCAGUUCGGGUCUUUACAUCCUGCCCCCUCCGUGGCAGUGUACUGCACCCAGGUUCAUAUAAGAUGGCAGAACAGCCAGGCAUGUCACCAUCAACACACAUGGUGCCAGAUCAGCCAGACAUGCCACAAUCAGCCAAGCCACAACAUACUAACACGUCUAAGACCAGACAUGCCAAAGCACUGGCUAAGACAAAACAUCUUUCCAGCCAUAGUAAACCAAAGCGCCCUCGUUAUGUCUCUGUGCCAACAACCACCACAGCACAGACACACAUAAGUGAUAUUUUCCAUUCUCCUGCUCCUGCCUCUGACGAGGAAGAGUUUGUUGGCUUUCCCCUUCACGGUUCGCCUAACGAACCUACCUCUGGCUUACCGCCUCAGACAUCUGUUCCAAUAGCCCACCAGGCACAUACAUCUCACACAUCUGGUCUGCAGCUGUCUCCUGAUUUCCUCUCCCAACUCCAAGCCAUGCUGGCUUAUUUCACACAAAUGCAGUCACUACCACAGGUUCCUGCCAGACCCCCACUCAACAUGGACCAACGCGCGUUCCAUGCUGCUCAUCCUUCCUGCUCGCCAGAUCCCUUCGAUUUAGCCAGAGGCAGAUGUACAGACGAAGCCUCGUAUGCGGAGGAGUUAACUUUCACUGACCAUGUUGAAGGAGACGACUGGAGCGACUAUUCAGAUCAUGAGGAGGAUACAUCGUAUCGCUUGUUCAAUACCUCAGAUUACCAACCGCUCGCACGUAGGGUACUUCAUACCCUUGGUCUCCAGACUGCGCCCUCAACUUCGUCCGCUCCAACUCUCAAAGGGGCCAAGGUCCUCAAAUCCCCUGCACCUACUGAACACUACAUCCCGGUGCCGGACCCAAUUGCCAAAUUAGCUUCCGAAGAAUGGGCCCACCCGCUCAAAGCUCGACGCUUCAAGAACAUGGCUGACAGACUUUACGCCCUAGCCCCAGACUUCGCCACCAAGUUAGAUGUCCCUGGCAUAGAUGAACCGAUCGCUCGCCUCGUUUCACGAUCUAUCUUGCCCAGGGAAGGGGAAUCCCACCUAAAAGAUACUACUGAACGUCGAAUAGACUUCGCCCUCCGCAAGAACCACGAGGCCACUGCCCUAGCCAUGCGUGCCUCUGCCUCAGCCUCCAUCUUCUCCAGAGCAUCUAUGAUGUGGCUGGAUGACCUUCUAGAGGACGAUAACCCUGAUCCUGUCACCUUCAAAAGAGCACUAUUGAAGUUACGUAAGACAGCAGCCUUUGUGGCCGAUGCCACUUUGGAUGCCACCCAAUUAGGGGCACGAGCCAUGACGACUCAAAUAGUCGCUCGUCGCACCCUCUGGCUUCGCCACUGGCAAGCUGAUUCAGCGGCUAGAUUGAACCUGUCCAAGGCUCCUUACUCCGGAUCUCUACUCUUCGGUGAGGAAGCUCUAAAGGCAGUUCUGGUUGAUCCAAAAGACGCCCACAAACCGGUUCUAGCCACAAUCAAGAACAUCGACCACAGGCCCCUCAGGCGAUUUCCCUCCUUUCGUUCUAACCAGCCCUUUCGAGGAACGCGACCAGGAGGACGAGGCCGCGAUUUCAGACCCUAUGAUUCCAACGCAUUCAGGGGCUCCUGGAACCGACGCCCCCAGGGCAGAGACCUACGGCUGGCUGGUCAACUUCGACAAAAGCCAUCUCCAACCAACCCAACGCCUACUACAUCUUGGGGCAAUGUUGGACACCCUGCAGGCAAUGGUCUUCCUGUCUCCAGAUCGCAUCACUGCCAUCACAAGCAUCGCAAGGUCCCUGAUGCAACAAACAUCCGCAGACGUCAUGCUUCUCGCCAGAGCGCUCGGGAUGUUUAUCUCCACAAUCCACAUUGUACCCUGGGCUCGAGCUCACACUCGGCCCCUUCAGUGGACUCUGUUGCCUUUUCAAAAAGACAUUGCCAGCUCCAACCAUCGCAAAGUUCGUUUGAGCCCCGCUCUGCGCCUCUCCUUCCGCUGGUGGACCAAGGUUCAACACCUCUCCAAGGGCACGUCGUUCAGAGAACCCCGCAGAACCGUCGUGACCACAGACGCCAGCCUCAUAGGUUGGGGAGCCCACUGCAACUCCCAGUAUGUUCAGGGGGUUUGGCCCAACGCAGAGCGAGCUCGAAGCAUCAACUGGCUGGAACUAAAGGCUGUCCACUUGGCUCUAUGUCAUUUUCAGUCUCUGUUCCCUUUGCAUCAUGUGCUCAUUCGAACAGACAACACGUGUGUAAAAUCACAUUUGAACAGACAAGGGGGCACCAGGUCUCGUCCUCUGCAGGACUUAGCCUCCCUCAUCUUUGUCUGGGCAGAACAACAUCUACAAUCCCUGAAAGCAGAGCACCUCAAAGGGAUUUUGAAUGUGACAGCAGACUGGCUCAGCAGACAACAGGUCUUCCCGGGAGAAUGGAAACUUCAUCCAGCCAUUUUCCAUCGUCUCCAGUGUCGGUUCGGCGCCCUCUCAGUCGACCUGUUUGCUUCCAGUCACAAUUGCCAGCUUCCCAGGUACUUUGCCCGAUACCUGGACUCAACAGCAGAAGCAGUGGAUGCUCUGACAACACCGUGGCCAGACGGUCUAUUGUACGCCUUUCCUCCCAUACCAUUGUUAGCCAAAAACUUGAGGAAGGCGCGAACCGAAAGGGCACAGCUGGUUCUGAUAGCACCAUUUUGGCCACGCCGUCCGUGGUUCUCAGAUCUUCUGGCAAUGUCAAUGAUGGACCCUUGGACACUUCCAGUAACGCCAGACCUCUUAUCCCAGGGUCCAGUACUGCACCAGGACCCUACUUGGCUCAAUCUGACAGCGUGGCGUUUGAACGGGGACAUUUGAGGUCAGCUGGACUGUCUGACGCUGUGAUUGAUAUUAUUUUGGCCUCGAGAAGACCAUCUACCACUCGCAUUUAUCAACAUACCUGGGUGGCUUUCUCCAAGUGGUGUCAGUCCCACCACCAUGAUCCAUCCCAGGCCACUGUGCAUCAGGUGCUCCAAUUUCUCCAUAGCGGCUUUAUGAUGGAACUUCGACCCAACACCCUACGUCGACAUGCGUCAACUCUGUCGUCCAUUCUCUCAGUGUCCUCUCCUGGAGAUCAUAUUUCCUCACAUCCGUUCAUCAAACGUUUUUUGAGGGGAGUCGCCCUACGCUCUCCGGCUGUUGUCCAUCGGUUCCCCUCAUGGAGUUUGCCGAAAGUUCUGCAGGCUUUGCAACGCCCUCCGUUUGAACCCAUCAGAACUGUGCCCCUACGUAUUCUGUCCUUCAAGGUCCUGUUUCUGAUUGCAAUCACAUCUGCCAGACGCGUUUCGGAGUUGGGCGCAUUGUCUUCCGCUAGACACCUCUGCGUCUUCCAUAAGGACUCUGUUGUGCUGAAGACUGACCCUUCCUUUCGUCCCAAGGUCGAUUCAGUUUUUCAUUGCAACCAGGACAUUGUUUUGCCUUCCUUUUGCCCGAAUCCUACCCAUCCUCUCGAGAAGGCUUGGCAUUCGUUGGAUGUCCGGAGGGCUCUCAAGACCUACCUGUCUAGGACCCAAGAGAUUCGACGAACGGAGUCUCUGUUUGUAUCCUUUCAUCCAGGGUCUAUGGGGCAUAAAGUAUCCAAUCCUACCUUAUCCCGUUGGUUAAGGGCAUGCAUUACCUUAGCAUAUGAGUCCCUGAAGCUGCCAGUUCCUGCUAGUAUAACAGCUCAUUCUACUAGGUCAGCUGCCACUUCGGCUGCUUUUGCUACUAAUGCUCCUGUUGCCGAUAUUUGUAGGGCCGCAGUCUGGUCUUCCCCACACUCGUUUAUAAGACAUUAUAAAAUUGAUCGUUAUGCCUCUGCUGAUGCUUCUUUUGGCAGACGAGUGUUGCAACAGGUUCUUAAUGAGGAUUAACAUGUGGGUGGUCCCUCCCUAUAUGGGUUGCUUUGGUACAUCCCACAGUGAUGGCCCACUUCCUAUGGAAAAUGUACCAUUGGUCUCACCUGAAAGGUGAUUUUCAUAGGAAGGGGCCAUCACGACCCUCCCAGUUGGAGGAUGACUAGUGAUUUUAUCAAUGGGUUAUAUGUUAUUGUUUCCAUAUUAUAUUUAAAUGUAAGAGUGAAGUCAAGACUUUUAGUUCUGUUAUGUUAUGUAGUUAGGUUAGAGUCAUGUUGUUAUGCAUGUGACUAUUAUGUUAUUUUCCUGGCGGGCCUGUUGGCCUUGUUCUUGUAUUUUUAGAUAUCUCUUUUAGACUCGCUACGAAUGAACUGGAGAGUGGGAGGGGCAUGACGUCCCUAGUCUUGACUUCAAAAACAUUCUUGCCUUCGCACGAUAGGUGGAACUGUUACCCACAGUGAUGGCCCCUUCCUAUGAAAAUCACCUUUCAGGUGAGACCAAUGGUACAUUCACAUUCAUAAAUGAGCCCAACUUGUAGGUUGUGCAUAUUAGGUUGUGGGAUGGUAGCUUUAGGAUUGUGCCUUUUACUCUGCCAUAGUGUCUGCAGGAGAGGCAGGUUGUUUUCCACUCAAACUAUAAGCACUGUACAAAUGCCGUGGGUUAGGUUUUGCCAGCCGUGUCAUGAAAUUGAUGACCAUAUGGGGGUCCUCUUCUUAGGAACUUGCUGGGGGAUGUUCCCAUGGUUUAGCAAUGGUUUAGCAGAAGGGAGGAAUUAUUUAUUAUUCAUCUCAUUCAAGUUUUAAACCAGCCUUCAUCUAAUCAGGAUCCCUGCUACAGAAACCCUGACCAUCAUUCCCAUUGCCACCUCAUUACUGAGGUGCACCACUCUGGUGGGAGAGUAGCACUACUGCUCUGGAGAUGUCAUGAUGUACUGCAUUGUUUUGCAGAGGGGUUUCUUCCUGAGAUACAGUGCUGUUACUGGUGGGUGGGUAUUACUCUUACUGAGCAAAUCUCUUGUGUAUGUUUCUUUUUAUAUAUUUUUGGCACUUUGUGCUGUUGGCUGGCUGUAGGGAAAGUUGCCAUCUUGCCCUGACUGUAGAACUGGACUGCACCAGUUUUAGUGGAGGAGUGAAUGGGUGUUUCUUCCUAGGCUUCAAGCAGAAGCUAGAAAGCCUGAGUGGCUCUUUACUGCUUCUGAAGUCUUAUGAGCCAGUAUCCUAAAUCCUCCCAUGACCAGCUGUUUCACUACACUGCCACUUGUUUUAUUUAUUUAUUUAUUUUUAAUUAAAUGUAUAUCCCACCCUUCCUCCCAGAAGAAGCCCAGGUUGGCAAAUGAGAACACUAAAGCACUUUGAAACAACUUUAAAAACAAAGACUUUAAAACAUAUUAAAACAAAACAUCUUUAAAAACAUCUUCAAAAGCAAUUCUAACACAGAUGCAGAUUGGGAUAAGGUCUCUAUUUAAAAUAAAGGAACAUCUUCAGUAGACACCGAAAAGAUAACAGAGAUGGUGCCUAUCUAAUAUUUAAGGGGAGGGAAUUCCAAAGGGUAGGUGCCACUACACUAAAAGUCCGCUUCCUAUGUUGUGUGGAAUGGACCUCCUGAUAAGAUGGUAUCUGCAGGAGGCCCUCCCCCGCAGAGCACAGUGAUCAACUGGGUAUAUAAGGGGUAAGACGAUCUCUCAGGUAUCCUGGGCCCAAGCUGCAUAGGGCUUUGUACACCAAAACCAGUACCUUGAACUUGGCCCGGUAGCUAAUAGGCAGCCAGUGCAAUUUUUUUAGCAGUGGUAUGUUGGUGAUACUCUGCCCCAGUGAGCAAUCGUGCCACCACGUUUUGCACCAACUGCAGUUUAUGGACCAACCUCAAGGGCAGCCCCAAAUAGAGCACAUUACAGUAAUCCAGCCUGGAGGUUACCAGUGCAUGGACAACAGUGGUCAGGCUAUCCCAGUCCAGAAACAGCUGCAGCUGUCUUACCAGCUGAAGCUGGAAAAAGUUCCUCUUGCCUUGGAAACCAGACAUAGAAGAGCCUGAGGUCUCUUGUAAGUGGUAUUCUUAAUGCCACUUGAAGUAUCAAUGAGGUUUUGAA